AUGUGUGAAGCACAGCACAACAAACUCGAGCACCUCUCUUCCACCCCACACUCGGCACCCCACACUCGGCACCCCACACUCGGCACCCCACACUCGGCACCCCACACUCGGCACCCCACACUCGGCACCCCACACUCGGCACCCCACACUCGGCACCCCCACACUCGGCACCCCACACUCGGCACCCCACACUCGGCACCCCACACUCGGCACCCCACACUCGGCACCCCACACUCGGCACCCCACACUCGGCACCCCACACUCGGCACCCCACACUCGGCACCCCACACUCGGCACCCCACACUCGGCACCCCACACUCGGCACCCCACACUCGGCACCCCACACUCGGCACCCCACACUCGGCACCCCACACUCGGCACCCCACACUCGGCACCCCACACUCGGCACCCCACACUCGGCACCCCACACUCGGCACCCCACACUCGGCACCCCACACUCGGCACCCCACACUCGGCACCCCACACUCGGCACCCCACACUCGGCACCCCACACUCGGCACCCCACACUCGGCACCCCACACUCGGCACCCCACACUCGGCACCCCACACUCGGCACCCCACACUCGGCACCCCACACUCGGCACCCCACACUCGGCACCCCACACUCGGCACCCCACACUCGGCACCCCACACUCGGCACCCCACACUCGGCACCCCACACUCGGCACCCCACACUCAACUAGCUCCACUCCCGAGUCCGAAGGUGGACGAGAUGAUGGCCCUUGCCAAAGCCUGUGUGAAAUUGACAAUCCACAUGUCCAGUUGGAACAUCUCUACAUUCGCGACACUCCUACACCAAUUACUAAUAGCCAACUACCUGCCAGCCGUUGA